AGGCUCACCAGCUGCAUUUUCAAGAGGCCAGUCACAAAGACAACUGCUCAUCCUGGCAACAAGGUCAGGCGCAGUCAACAAGAGGAGACCCUGAAGAAGCCCCAGCAAGUCUGUGCAUUCAGGAGACUGCAGGGGCUCCAGGCCUGCAGUCCAGAAGGAGACCUUUUCAGUACCUUGGACAGCGCAAAAGUAGUCCGCGACAUUGCCCCUGGUGGUGCAGUUGAAUCCAACAGCCUUGCUGGUGCAAGGUCACUGCACCCCAGCACCAAGGCCAUCCCUGCCCAGUCUUCAGAUGGGGCAGAGAUGAUCCCGGGAUUGGGGCUCUUCCUCCCCGAGUCCCUCUGCAAACAACCAGUAAUAACAUAUGGCCAUAUUCGCCGGCAGGCUCAGAAAGUGAAGAAAGCAAGAGAGAGGCUGGCUAUGGCCUUGAGGGCAGACAAGCUGGCCAGGGAGGCAGAGAGAGCCAGGGGUCUCGGGAACUUAGGCGUGUCCUGAAGAAGCCAAGGAGUGGCGUGGCCCUUGGGACGUGGUCACUAUGUGACAGCCCCCUACCCUUGUUCUCCUUGCCUUUGUGAAUGUUAACCCUGUUUCUUGCUCUGGACUGAGAUGCUUUGUUAUAUUAAUAUUGUCAUCUAUUAAACUCUUGUUUGACAAAUAUGUAAAGAGUAAGUGGUUUUGUGGAUGAGAGAUUGGGUUUUGGGGGAAGGGCAAGAAA